UUCUUAGUUUGAGCUUAGACGCUUAACUUAGCUCUUCAAUUCUUUUUGUUUCAUCGAUGAUUCAAAAAUAUGGCCAGAGUGAUCGCCGGAUUCUGAAAUUUCCGGCGGUUCAUCCCUGCGAGGGGAUUUCCCCGGCGACCCUUCUUGACUCUCUGAUCACUCUUUCUCGGAAUAUCUGCAGCUACCAGUCCAAGUUCGUCGCUACCCAGAGAAGAAACGCCCGCGAAACGCUUCGCCAGAUUGGAAUUCUACUGAUUUUUUUGGAGGAAAUCAAAGACCGAGGAACCAAUUUGCCGGAAUCCGUGGUCCUCUGCUUCUCCGAGCUCCAUAUCGCCUUCCAGAAAAUCCUCUUCCUGUUCGAAGAUUGCUCGCUCGACGGCGCCCGGCUAUGGAUCCUAAUGAAAUCCCACUUCGUCGCGACCCAAUUCCGGGUCCUGAUCCGAACCGUCGCCACCGCUCUCGACGUUCUUCCGUUGCCGACAAUCGACGUCCCGAGUGAAAUCAAGGAGUUAGUCGAAUUAGUAUCCAAGCAAGCGAGAAAGGCCAAAUUGGAGCUCGACCCCGAUGAUGAAACCGCAAUGAACAGAGUUAUUUUGAUUCUGAACCAGUUCGAGAAUCGGUUCGAACCGGACAAGAACCUCGUCAAGCGAGUUCUCGACUAUCUCGAGAUCCGGAGCUGGAGGGAGUGUCACGGCGAGGUCCAAUUUCUGGAUGAAAUGAUCAGUUUGGAAUGCUUGGAAGGCAAUGAAAAGGAGCAGCCAUUACUGAGCAGUUUAUUCGGGUUCAUGAGCUACUGCAGGGGAGCUCUGUUUGAAACACGGGAGCAUGGAAUCGUAGAGCAAUCCGAUUCAGAUGGAAGAUGUAAUCACGAAAUGCUUAGCUGCUUGAAUCCCGAGGAUUUUCGAUGCCCCAUUUCGCUUGAACUGAUGACCGAUCCGGUCACGGUUUCAACCGGCCAAACUUACGAUCGUGCUUCGAUACAGAAAUGGCUGAAAGCCGGAAACCUUAUUUGCCCCAAAACAGGAGAGAAGUUGACGAACACAGAGAUGGUGCCGAAUUACAGUCUCCGGAAGCUCAUAGAGCAGUUCUUCGCCGAUAACGGGAUUUCGCUCGCGAAAUCCCGGAAGAAGAACCGCGACAUAACGAGGACGAUCACGGCCGGCAGCCCCGCGGCAGCCGGCGCCGUCAAGUUUCUGUCCGAGUUUCUCGCUGACAGGCUGUACUACGGAACCGACGAGCAGAAAAACAAGGCGGCAUACGAGGUUCGCUUGCUCGCGAAAUCCAACAUUUUCAGCCGAUCCUGCUUAGUCGAAGCCGGCUGCGUUCCGCCUCUUCUGGGUCUCCUUUCUUCAGCCGAUGAUCCGUCGACGCAAGGAAACGCGAUUUCGGCUUUGUUGAAGCUCUCCAAGCAUGGCGCCGGCAAGAAGGCCAUAAUCGAAAACGGAGGAUUGAGACCGAUUCUCGGGGUCCUCAAAAAUGGGCUGAACCCUGAACACAGGCAAAUCGCUGCCGCGACAAUCUUUUACCUCGCUUCCGUUCCCGAUUACCGGAGACUGAUAGGACGGGAGCCCGACGCCAUUCCCGCUUUAGUCGAGCUGAUCAAAGAAGGGUCCGCUUGCGGGAAGAAGAACGCCGUGGCGGCCAUCUUCGGCCUCCUCCUACACGCCGGAAACCACAGGAGAGUUCUCGAAGCCGGGGCGGUUCCAGAAUUAGUCCACAUUUUAUUAGCUCCAUCCAACAAGGCUGAGUUGAUAACCGAUUCACUAGCGGUUCUCUCUACACUGGCUGAAACCGCGGAAGGGUCGAUCGCGGUUCUGCAGAUAUCGCCUCUACCGCUGUUCGUCGGCAUUUUGCGGUCGUCGGCGUCGCGCGCCGGGAAGGAGUACUGCGUCUCCAUCCUGCUAGCAGUGUGCCGCAACUGCGGCGGAGAGGCGGUGGCGGGUCUGGAGAAGGAGCCGUCUCUGAUGCCGCUGCUUUACUCGCUCGUCACCGACGGGACUUCUCAGUCGAGCAAGAGAGCGCGUUCGCUCAUCAAGAUCCUCCACGACUUCCAUGAAUCCAGCUCUUCUGCGUCACCUGCUAGUGCAGUUCCACAAGAAUGGUUUAUCCAUGUUCGCUAAACUCAUUACAUUAAAUUAGUUCUCGUUGUACAUAUAUAUAUAUAUAUAUAGAGAGAGAGAGAGAGAGAGAGUGAUACAUAUUCAUGGAUUCGUACCUAUUGAUGGAUUUCUUGAGGUUGGCUCUAGUUUUUGAAAGAGCCAAACACUGUUGCGUGUAUAUAUACAGAUGUAAUGCUAUGAAUUUUGAAGUGGUGAAUAAAUAUGCAAGACCCACUGCCAAUGCGGCCUAGGGCGUGCAGUGUGUGGUGACUUUGAAUUA